UUUCUUUUGUUCUUUCUAUGCGAGUUGUAAAUGCUGAGUCGGCUCAUCCUUUUUCUCCUGCAGUUGUUUGGAAACAUAGCUCUUGACGAAGAAGAGGAGAGCGCCAUCAGUGAGCACAACAACUUCAGAACCUUCAUCAUGGCCCUCAUGCUGCUCUUCAGGAGCGCUACAGGAGAGGCGUGGCAUGAGAUCAUGUUGGCUUGCCUCGGAGAACAGAAGUGCGAUCCAGAUUCGGGGAAUGAAGGAAAGAAGGAAUGCGGCAGCACCUUUGCCUACACCUACUUUGUCUCCUUCAUCUUCCUUUGCUCAUUUUUGAUGUUGAAUCUUUUUGUGGCUGUCAUCAUGGACAACUUCGAGUACCUGACUAGAGACUCAUCCAUCCUGGGGCCGCAUCAUCUAGACGAGUAUGUAAGGAUUUGGGCUGAGUAC